AUGUUUCGCGAGUCCAUCAACGGGGUGACCUCCAAACAACUCCCAAUUCGACCGCCAACCUCUUCGCAGACAGAGCGCCGCAGAGCCACUACAGCAAUGCCGCCCAGGCCCCCCUCCCAACCGACUCUCUCCUUCACGCGCUGCUUCUCCACCACCCCCCAAACCCUCGCCAAGUCGACAGCGAAGCGCCUGGCAUUCGAACACAGCGCCAUCCCGCCAUACCCCUACGGAGCCUCGAGAUGGUACAAGCAGUCCAACUUCGGCCUGUACGGCAUGCAGAAGAUCCGCUUCGGAAACAUGGUGUCUGAGCGGAACGAGAUUAAGACACGCCGCUACUGGCGACCGAAUGUGCACCAGAAGCGCCUGUGGAGUGUGGCACUUCGCAAGUUCUUGAGGUUGAGAGUCACAGCGAGGGUGCUGAGGACGGUCGAUAAGUGCGGUGGACUCGAUGAAUACCUGUUGGGCGACAAGGCGGGCAGGAUUAAGGAGCUCGGAAUGGGAGGAUGGAAAUUGAGGUGGAGAGUUAUGCAGUCCGAGUCUGUUAAGGAGAGGUUUAGAGCCGAGCGCGAGGCGCUGGGCCUGCCGCCGAAGGAGGAGGUGCUUAUUGGAGAGGAUGGGCUGCCAGUCACACAAGAACAGGUUGCAGAAGAGAUACAGAAGUACGAUGAUGCGCUAGCUAAGGAUGUGGAGAUUGAUAUUGGCGAGGACGAGCCUGAAGUUAAGGAUGUACAGUUUAUGGCCGAGGAAGGAAAGCCGGGAAAGGUUACGGUAUAG